UAAUGAAUUGAGUCUGGAAAAGCAGGAAACACAAUAUUUAUAAAGAAUUAAUAAUUUACAUUUAUUUGACUCAUUUGACCAUUAAAUUAAACAAUAACAGAAUUGUGUGAUGCAGCUGAUUCUACAGCUACAGAUUCCAGAAGCUGAAUCCACUUAUGAUGCGUCUCUCUAGAACUCUCGCAGCUACAGUUCACCUCAGUGUUACCUUGUCUCUCAGUCACACCAGUGUUGAGUUCCCGUCCGAUCUACAACAGUGAUCACAUCUGAUACCGUCGACUACCUACAAACAUCUGCAAACAUCUACUGCGAGACCAAAGAGAAAACAACUCUGAGAAAAUGGCAGAGGCUGUUCCACAGAGCUGUCCACGUCGCAGACCAGAGGCCAGAAGAAAACAAAGUGAGCUCUCUGUUCUGCGACAGGAGAACACCCGCCUGGAGAGGCAGGUGAACCGCCUGCUGAUUACUGACACAGUCAAAAUCAGCAACCUGGAGGAGCGUCUGCAGGCCAGGGAGCAGGAGGUCCUGGACGCUUUUACAAAGCACUGGGAGGAAACUGUGAUGAACCAGAUGGAGGUCGGCCGUCUUCAGCAGUGUCUCCAACUGCAGGAGGAGAAGAACCAGCAGGAGGUCAAGGAGGUCAAGGAGGAGCUCAACCAGAGCAAAAGUGACCUCCUGCAGCUCGUGAAGGAGAAGGAGGAACUUGCUGAGAGACUCACUCAGGUUGAAAACCAGCUGAGGAGCCAGGAGGAGCAAAAACUCCUGAUGGAGGAGGCUUGGAGGGAGAAGUUCAACGCUCUGAGAGCGGAGGUCGCCAGCAGAGAAGAGAGCUCAGAGAGGAGAAGAAAACAGGUGGAGGAGGAGAAAGACAAGGAGGAGCAGGAGGAGAAACAAAAGGAGGAAAAGGAGGAGAAAGACAAGGAGAAGCAGGAGGAGAAACAAAAGGAGGAAAAGGAGGAUAUCAAGAAGAAACAAAAGAAAGAGAAGGCAGAACUGAAGAAGCAAAAAGAGGAGGAGAAGCAAGCACAGAAAAACAAAGAGAAAGAGGAGAAGAAGGCUCAGAAAAAGAGAGAAAAAGAGGAGAAGGAAGAACAGAAGAAGAGGAAAGAGGAGGAGGAGAAGGCAAAGAAGGAGAGCAAAGGAAAGGAGAAGACGGAGAAGAAGAGAGGGAUGUGGAGCUGGAUGCACAGAAACAAGAAGUGUGACAGCGACAGUCAGGUGGAGGAGGCGGCUGGUUGCUCCACUCAGACCGGAGGUCACUAGCUCUCCAACCCACCCCCCACCCCCCACCCCCCUUCAA